GCCAGGUCCAGCUGAUUCGAGUGAGAGUAAUUCAAAGAUGUCGACAUGAAAACUUCCGCUUCACGGUUUGACAAAAUUGAAAGCAAUUUCUAUUUGUUUCGACUGCAUCGCGAAUCGCGCGUUUUCGCCGAUGACAUGUUUGAAUGCUGGAACCUAAAAUAAACGUAAUGGCUGCUGAGAGCAGUGAGUCAAAUAGAUGCUACCACAAUGAGAGUAUUACCUUCUUUUAUGCUAAAGUGAACAAGACCAUCAAUGAAACCUGGACACCGCGGGACAUUACCGUCAUUGCUCUGGGGUUGACCGUAUGCGUCAUUGUACUCCUGGCCAACCUGCUGGUGAUGGUGGCCAUCUUCAAGAACCAGCGAUUCCACUUCCCCAUCUACUACCUCCUCGGGAACAUGGCAGCGGCGGACCUUUUCGCCGGCAUCGCUUAUGCCAACCUGAUGUUGAACACGGGUCCCUGGACCGCAGAGCUCUCCAAGAAGCAGUGGUACAUCCGUGGAGCUCUGAUUGACAUCAGCCUGACUGCCUCUGUAGCCAAUCUUCUAGCGGUGGCUGUGGAGCGCCACCAGACCAUCCUCACGAUGCAGCUGCACAGCAACAUGACCAGGCGGCGUGUGCUGCUGCUCAUAGUCUGCAUCUGGGCGGCGGCGAUCCUCAUGGGUCUGGUGCCCUCUCUGUUUUGGAACUGCGAGUGUGACAUCAUCAACUGCUCGUCCGUUGCUCCUCUCUACCAUCGGCGGUUCCUCAUCUUCUGGGCGGUUCUCAAUCUGCUCACUUUCCUCAUCAUGGUGGUCAUAUACACUCAUAUCUUCAUUCAUGUGAAACGCCAUUGGGGCUACAUUUCCCAGCAUUCCUCUGAGAUGCGACACAACCAGACUGUGGUCAACCUGAUGAAAACCAUAUCCAUGGUUCUAGGCGCCUUUGUGAUCUGCUGGACUCCUGGGCUCAUGGUUCUGCUGGUGGACGGCGUGAUGGGCAGGAGGAGCGAGGCCAACCGCAUUGAGAAGUACUGCUUGGCAAUAGCAGAGUGCAACUCCUUGGUCAAUCCCAUCAUUUAUUCGCUGCGGGACGACGAGAUGCGGAGGACCUUCAAGUCCAUCCUGUGCUGUCUGUGUCGGGGAGGCGCGGAUCAGAGGGAGGAGAACUCCCCCAUUGACAUCAAGGCUUCACUGCAGGAGUUUCCUCUCAACUGGGACCAGAAGUUCCAGCAGGAUCAGGCGUUGUGAAGCUUCAGGGACAGAGCAGAGGGACGGUACCGGACAUGAUCUCACAUCACUGAAGAUUUUUUUUUUUUUUUUUCUUUUUGCUGAACACUUAUACGUGACUGCAGAGCUUUCUUUUUUGUAUUUCCUGUUUGGAGCUGAAUUCAGCGCUGGAGAAAAGCUUUCACUCCUCAUGAUGGUGCAAUCUCUCUUUUUAUUACAUUUGACUAUCACAAGAGCAUUUGUGACAAACUUAAAAAAAGUGAAACACUCCUAAAGUCUGAAAUCAAAUACUGAAAAGUCACACUAAAUAUUUUUUUUAUUAAUUUUUCUAAUAAGAACACUACAAUUUUUA